AUGAAUAUUGUACAGUAUAUAUACAUCCGUAAAUACGAGAAAGUUACCAUUGAUCCGAACGAAAGUUGGAUUGAUAUGACGAAUGUUGCUGUUUUUGCUGGAUGGAUUAUUGUCAUUAUUAUUGCAAACGUAUGUGCGAUACCAACAGUAGAAGAUGCACCAGGCAAUAAACAAAAUCUAGAACAAAUACUAGAUGUAAUUGAGGGAGAUAUAAUUCCUACUCCAACAUUUCGGAAAGCGCGUGGAUUGGUAGGAAUUGGCAAUAAUGUACGCUGGACCGAUGGUAUUGUUCCUUACGAGUUUAUAUCCGGAUAUACGGUUGAACAACAAGCGGAAAUUGUGACUCGAAUGCGCAAAUUAGAAAACUUGGUCGCCAUCAACAACAGUCGAUGCAUACAGUUCCGACCAAAAGUCUCUGGAGAUUUGUAUUACCUCAAAAUACAAAAUGGUGCAGAUUGUCGUUCAAUGAUUGGUCAAACUGGAGGUGGUUUGAUGUUGGCAUAUCCACUUUGUUUUGAUGAUGGAAGAACUUUUCAUGAACUUUUGCACACAUUAGGUUUUUAUCAUGAACAAUCACGAAGUGAUCGUGAUUCUUAUGUUAGAUUAUAUCCGGAGAAUAUGCAAACAGGAAUGGAUCAGCAAUAUCUGGUCUAUAAUAAUCCGGUUGCUGAUACAUUUAAUUCUUCAUACGACUAUGCAUCAGUUAUGCACUACGGGAGAUAUGAUUACUCCAAGAACAAUUUAUCAACAAUGGAACCAAUUCAAUCAAACAUUAAAAUUGGUCAACGUUAUAAUUUAAGUAAUGGUGACAUUCAACUAAUUCGUCGGUACUAUAAUUGUUUAUCUAAUGGGCCUACACUACCACCAUUCACAGUACCAAUAAAACCAGCAUUUGGAUAUUUGACAACUUCAACUUAUUCAAGUGAAUUGACAAAGCAAAAUUUAAUGUAUACUCGUAAUGGUAGUUCCUCAGGCAACUACUACUAUGAACUUAUUAAAAUAACAGUUUCAGCAGCUGGUGUAUAUUUUUUCCAGUGCAACAGUAAUAUUGAUACAUUUGCUUAUUUGUAUAGCCAAGCUUUUAAUCCAUUGAAUCCGGUUGCAAAUUUAUACUUCGGGCUUGAUGAUGAAAACGCUGAAAGAUGGGAAUUUAGCUUUCAGUUGACUUUUCCGACUGCAGGCGCAACGUUUUUGGUUGUCACCACAUACAGUCCAAGUGUGACAGGACCGUUCUCAAUCGUUGCCAGUGGAAACACUACUGUAACUUUUAAUCGUACAGUUGGUACUGCCCAACCAACAAGUACUACUUCUACCACAACCAAGCCAACUAGUACUACAACGAUGCCAACAACAAGUACUACUUCCACCACAACCAUGACAACAACUAGUACUACAACCAAGCCGAUAACUAGUACUACUUCUACCACAACCAAGCCAACAACUAGUACUACUUCUACUACAACCAUGACAACAACUAGUACUACAACCAAGCCAACAACUAGUACUACAACCAAGCCGAUAACUAGUACUACUUCUACCACAACCAAGCCAACAACUAGUACUACUUCUACUACAACCAUGACAACAACUAGUACUACAACCAAGCCAACAACAAGUACUACUCCUACCACAACCGUGACAACAAUAACAACAACGAAUAGUACAUUUAAUAUUGGUCGUUGGUCAACAACAGGCUCGCUUUCAAUAGGUCGUGUUGGCCAUACAUCAACUCUUCUUUCUGAUAAACGUGUCAUUACUAUAGGUGGCAAGGAUGGUUAUACGGUGGAACUUUACAAUUCAGCAACACGAACAUGGAGUCGAGGAACGUCAAUGAAUAAUGGUCGAAUGUAUUUCACUGCCACGCUUUUACCAGAUGGUCGAUUGUUUGUUGUAGGUGGUUGGUAUUACUCUGACGGAUAUAGCAAAACUGCCGAAAUUUACAAUCCUGUCAGUAAUAGUUGGGCAGCCGUUAGCAAUUUGACCUUUGCUCGAUUUGCACAUCAAGCAGUCUAUUUACCGGCGCCAGUAAAUAAAGUAUUAGUCAUGGGUGGAGUUGGAGAGAACAACUCGUAUACGGUUUUGCAAUCUUGUGAAUUAUAUGAUUUCGUUUCGAAUAAGUGGACAGUCACGACUUCAAUGAAUAACCCACGAUCACAUUUUACAGCAACUUACAUACCAUCUAUGAAUGUGGUUGUAGCUAUAGGAGUUAGUGAUCAAAAUAGCGCAGCAGAAAUAUUUAAUAUAUCAACAUUACAAUGGACUCAAAGUCUGAAUGCAAUGUCAGACAGUCGAGGAAAACAUACAGCUACAUUACUUCCUAAUGGACAAAUUCUAGUUGCUGGUAAUAGUUACAGUAUCGCUACAACUUAUUUGUUUAAUCCAACAACGAAAUUAUUUACAUAUGCAGCAAAUACUACCGAACAACGUGUUGAACCUUGUGCAACUUUAUUACCAUCAGGUUCAGUACUACUAACUGGUGGAUUCACUAGUAACGGUUCAAUUUACCGUACGGCUGAAGUUUAUGAUUAUCGAUUCAAUACAUGGCGUCGUGUGGCAGACAUGAACAUUGGUCAUGCUCGUCACACAGCAGUUUUUUUAAAUGAUUCUUCCUCGACAUUAACACCAGUACUUGUCAUUGGAGGGUACAAAGACGUUGGCGCCUUAACUGAUUGUGAACUGUUCUCGGUCAAUGGUUGA